AGUAACGUAAAGGAGCGCAGCGUGCAUUUUUUUGUGUGUGACUCUCUCGCCGCUCUCUCUCUCUCUCUCUCUCACAGUCGUCGUACGAUUGCAUUUGUUAUCGUUGUUAACGGGGUUAAGUGAUUAAUGGCAAGUUCGCUAAACAAGACGAGACACAGGCGCAGAUUGGCUGCGAUCUCGUUUCUAUCGAAUAUCUCAUUAGAUGGCACACACCGGGACACCAAAUUUGGCGCAACAUUUGGCAGCAGCAUCUGCACACCGCAGCAGCAGAAGCAACAUUUUAUCAAUAACAACAACAACAACAGCAGCAGCAGUAGCUGUGGCAGGGACAGCAAGGACAACGCAACGCCUGCGUUGGGACUCGGCACCGGCGGUGGUUAUCAUCAGCAUUAUCAGAGGCAUCAUCAGCAGCGUCGCAAUCAGCAAGCGCAACAUAAGCAACAGCAUAAGCCCCAACAACAGCAGCAGCAGCAGCAACAUCAACAACAGCAGCAGCAGCAACAACAAAUACCGAAUGGCUUUGCCGCUUUGCUUCUAUGCAGCGCUGAUGUCCAUCUGUGUGCCACAACCAACGAUGGCGGCAUCUGCGGCCUGGACGACUGCGCAGCCGCUGGAGUGGGCGGUGCCAGCGAUGGUGAUGGUUUUAGUGAAAUUGAAAAUAUGGGUCAACACCUGAUGAACGGCAGCAGCAGGCAGCAGCCCAUUGUAUCGGCUGAAAGACGCAAUAUAAAGCGGCCCAAUUCCUCGGGCCGCCAGCCCAACACCCAAUUGCCAAGCCAGGCAACUGGUCCAGCGGCUGGUUCGGGCGCAGAAAGCGGCAGCGACUCGGACAGCGUCAAGAUACCGCUCAAGGUAUCCAACUUGGGUGCCGGCAACGGUGUGGCAGGCGCAUCUGGAAUUGCCAGCAAGCUGUUGCCACUGAGGGAACGCACCUUUAGCAACGGCGCGAGUGAUUUGAAUUUGCAACCUGAGCGGCGAGCGCGUUUAAAUACCGCUCCAGGCAUGCGAGGUGCAGCAGCGGCGGCGGCUAGCAACAUUAUUGGAGCAGGUGGACUUAAGCGUAAUUACAACAUACGCAGCGGAUCGAGUGCCAGUCACAUAACGGACGACAGCAGUACGGAGAGUCUGGUACCAGUUGGCAAUUUCUCGGGCAGUUUUCGCAGUAGUCUGGGCAAGUCGGUGCACAUUACCGAUGGACGACGUGGCGUGGUACCCGGUCUGGGCCAGCGAGAGGAGCGCAUGGUGUUGGUUUCACGCAAGGUGCCAUUUUUCAUAUUCUCGGCGCUGCCGUACUGCAAGAACAAGAAUGGACGCACUGAGUUCCGUAAGGAGGAUAGACGACGUCGCAAUCCAUCAACUUCACGCCCGUUGAGCUCCAUAAAUGAUGCGCCUUUCGAUCCAUUUGAUUUGCUGGGUAUACAAAAGGCCGAAAGUGGUCAGGACAUUUCUUAUGGUCAUCUGUUGAUUCCAUCGCGUCAGUAUGAAAAGGAGCGCAAGAAGCAUGGCAAUGCUUCCACGAAUGCCUCAAUCUUUGAGAACCAAAUGGAGAUAACAAGCACAGCAGCGCUUAGAAAUCACGGCAUAGCGAGGUGCUUUACAUACGAUAACAAUCGCAAUAAUGCAGCGAGUCCGACGCCAGAGCUGAAGCUUGAUGUGGAUAUGGAGAGCAUUAUUUUGGGUGCAGAUACAACGCGUCAAUCGUACCAACAGUAUUCGGCAAGUAUUCUGGAUGAUCCUGAGCUUAUAGCUGGCAAACAUCGUACUCUAUUGACUUUUACGUCAUAUAUGACUUCGGUCAUUGACUAUGUGCGUCCAUCGGAUCUGAAGAAGGAGCUCAAUGACAAGUUCCGUGAGAAGUUUCCAAGCAUACAGCUUACCUUGAGCAAGCUAAGAAGCAUCAAGCGUGAAAUGCGUCGCAUUAACAAGCUGGACUCGCGCAUUGAUCUGGUAACCAUCUCGCAGGCUUAUGUCUACUUCGAGAAGCUGAUUUUGGCCAAUUUGAUAAAUAAACCCAAUCGUAAGCUGUGCGCCGGCGCUUGCUUGCUGCUCAGUGCCAAAAUGAACGAUGUCAAGGGCGAUGCACUGAAGAGCUUGAUCGAGAAGACGGAGAGCGUGUUUCGCUUGAAUCGCAAGGAGCUCAUCUCGUCCGAGUUUGCUGUACUGGUGGCCCUGGAGUUCAGUCUGCAUGUGCCCAUGCAUGAGGUGCUGCCGCAUUAUCAGCGGUUGCUAUACGAAUCCUAGAAUUGGCCAACGCGCUGUGCGGAUGCUGAGCGACGCUUGGCAGCGGCAGCGCAGGCGGCGGUGGCUCUAGCAGCGGCUACCACGCGUCAACACUUGCGGCGCAAAGUCAGCCGUAGAUAACGACGAGAGGAGUGAAGCAUACGCUGAGGCUGACUUUGAGCUGCAAUUGUACUUAAGUUGCAUACUUUACGGGAUAUUGGGUUAGCGCUUAAGUUUUUGACAAGAAAUCAAGUUUUGUAAAGCAAGUGAGCUAAAAUUAUAAAAGUACUUAAUAGGGUUAUUCCCACAACUAUAUAGUAGCACCCUAAACAAUGAAAACUUUCCACACAUACAUAUAUAGAUUAGCUUUAAGUGUUUGUGUUUUUAUCAGAACUAUAU